CAAUGUUUUGUUUGACACUUUUAGUAUAACAAGUUUUUAUGCAACUUUUUUGUCGUCAAGCCAUGAUUCUUAGAUGGACAUAUUCAUUUCUGCAUUUAUCUUUGAUUCAGUAUAUUGCAGUUUCAGGAAAAAAAGACUUGGAUCUUUACUGUGGAGCAUGUAAAGCCAUUGUCAACGAAGUUGAAUACAUUGUGAACAAGGUUGACCCAAAGAAAACAAUUGACGUUGGAACUUUUAGACUUGAUCCAAAUGGAAAACAAAAGUCAUCAAAGGUUUCAUAUGCUAGAUCUGAAGGUCACCUAACAGAGGUUUUGGAAUCUGUCUGCACAGAACUUUCAAGUGAUUAUGUGAGAAAUAAAGAUAAAGAAACUGGAAGAAUGAGUUUGAAAAGAAUGGUGACUCGUGAUGGUAAUAUGGCAAGUGAUGUUGAUUUCCAAGCGCUCAUGCAGAAUGCACAAAAUGCUGGAGACAAACCUCCUGAUACCGAUUCAAAACAAGUUAAAUUCGCCUGUGAAAGUAUCAUAGAAGAUCAUGAAGAUGAAUUUGUAGCUUUGUUCGCCAAAGGUGACAAAAAUAUUAUUGAAAAAGUAUGCAGAGAUCUUGGAGAGUACUGUAAAGAUGAACAAACUAAAGAUGAGCUUUGAUACCUGUCGAAAAGUGGAGCUUUGCAUCAGCUGAUAUGGCAUAUUCUGGGUGAUCAUCACGCUGAACUAAUAAUUGGGUGAAAGUUCUUUCGUAAUUGAGCUUAGUUGUGAUUCACUGGUAUUGACCAAAAGCAGAUUUUAUUUCGAAGCAUAUCCUGAUUGAAGCCUCUCUAUUUCUAAUUCAUUUCAUCUCAAAAUUGGUUCGGCCGAUGCUUGUUUAUCCAUAUUUUAAUAAAGGUUUAUGAAGGUUA